GCUCCGCCGGCUCCCCGGCACCGCCUCCUCAGCCUGCGGGGUCGACCGCGCUUCUGUGGGUGGGGGCUGGCAGGACUGACGCAGAAUGACAACAGCGACACGACGAGAAGUUCUUGGCCUCUACCGCAGAAUUUUCAGGCUCGCAAGGACGUGGCAGGCAGCAUCAGGGCAGAUGGAAGACACCAUUAAAGAAAAACAGUACAUUAUAAAUGAAGCCCGAACACUGUUCCAGAAAAACAAAAACCUCACAGACGCAGACCUGAUCAAACAGUGUACAGAGGAAUGCACAGCCAGGAUUGAGAUUGGAUUGCAUUACCAGAUUCCUUAUCCAAGGCCAAUUCAUCUGCCUCCAAUGGCUCUUACCCCAUUACAAGGUCGGAGACUACAAAGCCAAGAGAAACUGAGGAAACUUUCCAAACCAGUAUAUCUCAAGUCUCAUGAUGAAAUUUCCUAA